AUGUACCGCCAAACUCUCGCCCGCAAUGUCCGCCUCUUCAGCACCUCUCUUCGCCGCGUAAACAAGGGACCCGUCGACAGCGCCGCCGAUGCCCUCAAGACGGCCGAUAAGACUGUCUCGCAGACUCUCGUGAAGGGUAUCGAGAAGGGAGGUGAGUCCUUGCAAUCCAUACCCACCAAGCUUCAUCUCACGCCUGAGCAUUAUGGCUGACAAGAUGUGUGUGUCUAUAGAGGAAGCCGCCGCACAAGCCAAGCAGGCCGCGGGCAUUGGAGCCCAGGAGGCCAAGGAGAAGGCCAAGGAGACUGCGCAGAGUGCGCAUGACACCAAGGAGCAGGCCAAGGGUGCUGCGAAGGCGAAGUCGCCUUAG